AUGACAAGUUUCUAUGACGAGAUAGAAAUAGAGGACAUGGACUAUGAUGAAGACUCUGAGACGUAUUUUUAUCCCUGUCCUUGUGGUGAUAAAUUCCAAAUUACCAAAGCAGACCUUGUUUCAGGCGACGAAGUAGCACAUUGCCCAUCUUGUUCACUCAUCAUUAGGGUAAUUUAUGAUCCAGAUGAUUUUGCCGGAGAUGACGACGGAGAAACUAUCGACUUGUAG